AUGGCUCCUUUCGAAGCACUAUACGGACGCAAAUGUCGCACGCCACUUUGCUGGUUUCAAGAAGGAGAAAACAUAUUGACGGGACCGGAGCUCGUGCAACAAACGACUGACAAGGUGAAAUUAAUUCAAGAGAGACUGAAGGCAUCCAGAAGCAGGCAGAAGUCAUACGCAGAUAAGAGGAGACGACCCUUGGAGUUCAAAGCUGGAGAUCACGUUUUUCUAAGGAUUAAUCCAACUACUGGAGUGGGCAGGGCGUUACGAUCAAAGAAAUUAUCUCCCAAGUUCGUGGGGCCGUACCAGAUCACAAGGAAGAUUGGACCAGUUGCAUACGAAAUGGCUUUACCUCCUCAAUUGUCCAACCUUCAUCCGGUGUUCCACGUUUCUCAACUCCGGAAGUACGUAGCUGAUCCCUCGCACAUUUUGGAGCUGGAGGACGUUCGUCUUCGACAAGACCGAACACUAGAAAUGAAGCCGAUUCGCAUUGAAGACGAACGCACUAAGUUAUACAAAGGGAAGGACGUUCGUUUGGUGAAAGUGGAGUGGGACGACAAGACUGGCGAUUCUACGUGGGAAGUUGAAGAUGCCAUGAAGGACUUAUACCCUCAUCUAUUUCCUGAGCAGUUUUGUUCUCUUAAGAACGCUGUAGAUUAUGAGUGCAUUGCGUUUUUGCUGUGUGCUUAUUGUGUGUUUGAUGAGUUAUUGUUUUAA